AUGUCUUUCCUUCGCGCGAGCUUCCCCGCCCUGCUCGUGUGCUUGGUGCUCCUGCCGCGGGUCCACGCUUUCGGUGCCGGCAACAUCGCAUCCAUCUCAGCCGUCGAGGGCAAGAACUGGCGUCAUGGCGACAUCGAAGAUAUGCUCAAAACCGUAGCCUUCAUCGCCGGUCACAAAUGGACAUCCACCCAAAUCAAGCGCGUCUAUUUUGGCAAUUGGCUGCGUGAUUACUCGCAGGCAAUGGAUGUCGGGACUUUGAAAAAUCUCCAGUCCGACACGAUCCGCGUGCUUGUGUGGGUCCUCUCCUUCCUGACAUUCGGCUAUGCGACGGGCGAGUUCGAGGUGACCUCUGAGCGAUUGGGUGUCUACCGUCCUGAGGAGCAUAUUGAUAACCCCAAGGAUUACGCCGAUAAUGAAGAUGCCCGCCAGUACGAUAAGCCCUGGGGCGCAGCAUCCACUAUGGGCGUACAUACACUCAUGGGCAACAAAAGGGCAAUGAAGAGGACCUAUGUGAGGCUCUCCGUUGUCUCAGGGCAGGGUCUCCAUACGCUCGAGGAUUUCGCGGCUCAUACCAACUAUUGUGAGCUGGCUUUGCGUGAGAUGGGCUUUCACAACGUUUUCCCGCAUACCGGCACUGCCACUCAGAUCAAUAUCCACGGGCAUCACGUUUUCCCGCUGGUGACUGGAACCUUUGGCAUGGUGGAUUUCUUCCACUCGGUCCUAGGUGAGGCUACCGAUCAUUUCACUCAGUCCGAGGUCAACGAGAUGGACAUUGCACUUGGCGAUGCGCAGAAUCAAUCUCAAUCCAACAGCUCCCUCAAUGCUCUUACUGGUUUGCUAGGCAAAAUUCCCGGAACCAAGGACCUUGUUUCUGAAGCUGAAAAUCUGAAACAGAUGUCCGAGGCACAGGAGACGAGUAAUCGCUCCCACGGCUCGCACAUGGGCUACUCCGAUCGAGGCUUUGAUGGUCAGGAAUCAAGCCGUGCCCCAGGCUCCAACCAGCCUUCCACAGGUGGUCCAGGCCCAGGGUUCUCCGGCAUGCCCGACUUCAAUCCUCAAGAGACUGUAUCCAAGAUUUAUCCAAUUCUUGCCUUCCGUGACAAGGUAGUCCGGAAGCUGAACUCGAUCAUCGAGAAGAUCCCUGGCCUGGAGGCGAUCAUUGAGAAGAUCACCGAGGCUCUGACUGUCUUCAUCAUGUCACUUCUUGCUCCAUUCGUCCGACCUCUCAUUAGCGCUGCCUCGAAAUCUCUCCAGGCCGGUUCUGCAGGCGUUGUUGACGCGUCUGGCAAGCACCAGUACGAGCCCUGGACCGAUCCUCACUGCACCGAUCCCACCCACUCUUUGCUCUCCAAGGACCAUUUCGCGAACUUACUGAAUGAGCCCGCUGGUCAAGUAGCCUCUGCCAUUCUCAAGUACGUCGCACCUCGCGUGUUGUACGCCUGGCAACACGUCGAUGUCCCGGAGCACGAGGUCCUAGAAGACUGCAUGAACGUAUUCCACCAUCCUGCUUUACGAAACAUGCAUAACGAGGCCCAUCGAACAAUGUUCGAAGCUGUUCAGAGCUGGGUCAAUUCCCGCGAAGACCGCGGCCACAGCCUAAAUGACAUCCUUAGUGCUGAAGGCGUCAGAGCAGGUCGCAACACCGGUGGCGUUCCCCACACUCACGGGAGCGGGGGCGGUGGCUUCCCAGCACUUGGUGGUGGCUCCCAUGGGCAAAGCCAUGGUCAGUCUCAUGGAGGCUCGUCACAGUCAUUCUUCUCCCAGUUCUCGGGCCAGUCUCAUUCCCAGCAAGGGUAUCAGGGCUCCUCCGGCUUGCCUUGGGAUAAGUUGUCUAGUUUGCCAAUUCCUGGUAUUUCGAACUUGAACAAGCUGAACAAGCUCUCGAAUUUGAUUCCGGGCGGACUGUCUCAGGGAGGUUGA